AUGUCCCCCGGGGGGGGGGUGCGGGGGAGGGGGCGGGAGCCGCCCAGCCAGUACAGCCUCGCCAUCGACGUGGUGCCCGUGGACUCCAAAAGAUACAGGGCUCAGUGCGUGGGAUGGACCCGGCAGCCCCGCGGGCGCAGGCAGGGCCGGGGCGCUGCGCGGGGCUGCGCGGUGCUCGGCUUCCGCGCCCCCGGCCGCAACAGGGGCGUUUUGGACGGGCUGCUGGAGACGCUGCCCUGGAGACCCCCCCUCGCCCUCGACUUCCAGCCCUUCGGCGCCGAGAGCCCGGGUGGCAGCUCCAGCGCUUCGCCCGUGGCCUCCAGCGCUGGGACGCCGUCCCCUCUGAGCUCCUUGCUGUCUCCGUCCUGCUCACCUCCCGCGUUCCACGUCCCGGCGAGCGGCAUCGGCGUGCCGGCUCCCGACGCCUUCCUGCACGGCCUCGGCCUGCCCCUCUGCUACAAGAUCUGCCCCACGAGCUUCCUGAGACCUCAGCCUCUCGUGCUCCCCAGCCCCGAGAAACUGGGAGGCGCCAACCCGCCCGUUUUACCCCACUUUGUGGUGGAUGCGCCCAAACUCUCUUCCCUCGGCAUAACAAGCCUGAAGAACGGGAAAAACGAAGACCUAAAUGGGCAGUGCCUACAAGCCGCCAGUUCUGAUAGUCAAGUGCUGUAUGGAUUACAGGCAUCUGGAAACGUUUUCCCAUCAAGUCCCAUUGCUCGGGAAGCACUUAAUUGUUCUUUACAUCCUCCAUAUGGCUUGUACGGUUAUAACUUUUCUGUGCCCACCAGACUGAUGAGUGCAGCAAGCCAUGUCAAGGUGAGUGACAGCAUUCCCACGCUUUUCCGAGACGGCCGAUGUAAUCACUCCAGCUGGCACCCAACAAUUAACCAUUGCCUUUAA